CCCUGCGAUCAUGGCCGGGGGCUUCCUGUGGAUCUCGGCCGCCGUGCUAGCCUACUGCGCGGCCGGCGGCACCCGAGCGCUGGAGCUGGGCGACUCUUCGCCGCGCCUGGCCGAGAUCACCGCGCCGAGCCUGGCCGCCGCCGCCUCCUCCUCCUGGCCGAGCGCGGCUCCCGUGGCAGCCGAGGUGGAGGAAGGCUUCGGCGGUUCCAACGCUUCUCGCCCGGGAUCGCCUGGCGGAGCCGGCCGAGCGCCUCCGCCCGCUUACCCGAUGUGCACCGGCCGGACGGAGAUCAAGAAGACGUUCAAAUACAUCAACACGGUGAUCGCUUGCCUGGUCUUCGUGCUGGGCAUCAUCGGCAACUCCACCUUGCUCCGGAUCAUCUACAAGAACAAAUGCAUGAGGAACGGCCCUAACAUCCUCAUCGCCAGCCUGGCGCUGGGGGACCUGCUGCUCAUCCUCAUCGACAUUCCCAUCAACUUGUACAAGCUUCAUGCAGAAAAAUGGCCCUUUGGAGUUGAACUAUGUAAAUUAUUCCCCUUCUUUCAAAAGACGUCUGUUGGCAUCAUAGUGUUAAGUCUAUGUGCUCUCAGUAUUGAUAGGUACCGAGCUGUUGCUUCAUGGAGCCGUAUCAAAGGAAUUGGGGUACCAAAAUGGACAGCAAUUGAAAUUGUUUUGAUCUGGGUUGUGUCCUUUGUUUUAGCUAUUCCUGAAGCUAUUGGCUUUGAUAUCGUUACUAUACCAUACAACGGGGAGGGGUUGUCUACUUGUUUACUUAAUCCAGAUCAAAAAUCAUCUUUUAUGAAGUUUUACCAGGUAGCUAAAGACUGGUGGAUUUUUAGCUUUUAUUUCUGUUUGCCACUGCUAAUCACUGCUCUUUUCUAUACUUUGAUGACCUGUGAGAUGUUAAGAAAGAAGAGUGGGAUGCAGAUAGCAUUAAAUGACCACCUGAAACAGAGACGUGAAGUAGCCAAAACAGUGUUCUGCUUAGUGGUUGUUUUCGCCCUAUGCUGGCUGCCUCUUAACCUCAGUAGCAUAUUGAAGUUUGCUCUCUAUGAUCCCCAAAGCCCAAACAGGUGUGAUCUUUUGAGUUUUUUGCUGGUGAUGAACUACAUUGGAAUCAAUAUGGCCUCUUUAAAUUCCUGCAUCAACCCAAUUGCUCUCUAUUUGGUGAGCAAAAGAUUCAAAAACUGCUUUAAGUCAUGCCUUUGUUGCUGGUGUCAUUCCAAAGACAUGCUAUCCCUGGAGGAGAAACAGUCCUGCUUAAAGUUCAGAGCAAACGACCACGGAUAUGACAAUUUCCGCUCCAGUAACAAGUACAGCUCAUCUUAAGCAAGAAAGCUUGGACUCAGCUAUUGUGGGAUGUUGCCAGACUGUAAAGAGGAGGACAGUUAAGCUGAAGACAACAGAUUCUGCAUAGUAGAGGAAAUUGAGCUAUCUGGGAAGGAAGUUCGAGGUUUUCACAGAAAUCUAAAUAUUUACUGAGCCCACUGAUCUUAACCAUGCCCAGUGUUCCUAAUCAUUUGAGUCAAUAUUGCUGGACAGAAGGGAUUUAGGGAGGAACUACAGUUGUUUAAGUACUUAAAUACUUCAAAACAAUCAUUGCCAAAUCAUUCUCAAAUCCUGUACAUGAAAUAAUUGUAUUCACCAAGGAGCCCAAUUCAUAAUUCUUAAUAUAGAAUUGUACGAAAUUGUAUGUUUUGGGCAAUAUCACCCAUCUAUAUUAUUUUUUAAAAAAAGUUUUACUUGCCUGUAAAAUUCACAGGUAAGUUAUAAAUGUAAAAUAUUAUUCCACCUGAUCCAGGACAUCAUGGAUCAUGGUGGUAUAAAAUAAAAUCAGUAAGAAUUUUUUCCAUAGUAACGAAGUGUCACAAUUAGACUUAAAGCAAUUUAAUUUUUUCCCCAAAAGUAAACUUCAUCUGGAGUGAUAAAUGAACUUCUUAAAGGUUGGAAAAGUGGAUGUUAGUCAUUAAUAUCUGGAUCAUCUUCAGCUUUACUUAGGGUUUUAGGGAUAAUCUUGCACUGCUUGUGAUCCCCAAUGGUGUACAUGGCCCUUCAUCAGAGACCCAGGACCGGCUUCUAGGCCCUACUUUACCCAAGCAGUACUCGUGUCACAAGCUGUGGAGGACCAAGCAAUGAAAAAACAGGCAGUAUUAGUAUGGCAUGAGUGCAACACAUGAUACCAGCUUUAGAAUUAAAUAUAGCGUAAAUACCAGGAUUUUAUUUUAUUCAUACUGGGGAAAAACGUUUCUAGAUCUUACAAUAAAUGUGUUCAUAAAGUUCCAGAAGCAGGAAAGACAAUAGAAUAAGUUUUCACUUACCUUGCAUUUUCCCAGUGCUGGUCAAACUGAUCUAACUAUGCAAAAUAAUAACCAGUGAUGUAAAAUUAAAACAAUUGUACAAACAUGCUUAAUUUAUGCAAAGUACAGAUUUUUUUCCCCUCUCAUCACAUUUAAACAGUAGGCACAUAGAAUUUCAUUCUCUCUCCCUUUUUUACCAGGUAGCAUUAUCGAGAUUUCAAAUCUUUGUUCCCCUGACAUGGAAAAAUACUUAGGUCUCUUUCUGUAGAUUUCUGUAGUGUAGAGCAAGCACACCGGUCACAGGAAUUAACUACCAUCAUUCUGUCAUAUGUAGAAACGUGAAUAGACCUGCAUUCAAAAGGAAGACAGGGAUUCCCUCCUAUAUUUUUUUCCCUCUUCUUCUCUAAAUCUAUCUUGAAAAGGCAGUAAGAAAUUCCUUACUUUUUUUGGUCCUCCUGAUCUUUUUAAACUGGCUGUAGGUCUGGUAGUAUCCCUCACUUUAUGGAACAUUUAAUUGCAUCUGUGUAAAUAUUUCAUGAAAGCUAUAAUAAUAAACAGUAAAAUCUGGGCUGGUCCCAAUAUUGAUACCAUUCAUUACUCAGAGAGAUAAAUACAGUGUAUUCUGCUCCACAAAUAGUGGAGUUUUUGUGUUAAUACUGCUAGUUAACACAGACUUAAACUUAGUAUCAGUAUUAAAUAAUAUUGCUCUUAAGUUAUCAGAAGGGAUGUAUAAAUAACCACUCCAACCUGUUGUCCUGCAGUCCAGAAAACCUAGAAGAGAAUAGAUUCUUAAAGGCUUCCCUGAAAGGUCUUCAGGUUAACAUGGUGGCAGGAUCCACUAUCAUUAAUGAACUUGGUAGAGUGAGGUAUGACUCGGGGGAUUAUAUCUGUAGUGUUCUUAAGGAAAGCCAAUUCUUUCUUUCAUGAAGAAGCAAAAAGAUUAUGACUUUAUAUUCAGACACAAAAUGUCUUGGACCAGUCUCAUGCUUUGCGUGGAAAAGGGAAAAUAGGCCAAUUAUUAUUUUUUGUUUUUUAAAUGCAUUUGCUCAUGCCUCAAUUUUUGAGAUUAGAUACCUGUAGUGUAGGAUUUACUUCUAAAUAAACAAACACAGAUUUGCAUUGUGAGGGAAAGUUCACCUGGAGCUUCUCCAUAUAUCGGGAGAUACUCCAAAAAGCUGAUCUUUUCCUGCAAGAGGCUACGUUGUUAUAGCAUCAACCAUUUCACUUGGACCCAGUGGUGAAAUUCAAACUUUUUUACUGUCGGUUCUGUGGAUGUGUAUGGAGCAUUCUGAAAUAGGCAAUUUUAAGCUUGAAAACUUACUGUCAGCACCGGUGAGUAAAACAGCUGAGGUGUGGUAAUCCUAUCAGCUGAGCUACAAACAAAGGAAAUA